GUUACCGGUCUCGCCAUGGAGCGGAAAGGUGAGCGGUGGAGCGGCCUCCGCCACGAGGGGCAACGGCCGCCGGGGCAAGGCCCGGGUCAACGCCGGGAGCUUCGCCUAACCACCGCCGUCCGGUCCCCGGGCGUGCGGCGCCCCUCCACUGAGGUGGCGCCGCCCCUCACCCCCCGCCACUGGGCAGCCGGUCCGCGCCCCUCAGCUCCGGCGUCCUUCCGCGCCGGCAGUCAUCGCCUCUCGUUCCCCGCCAGGCCGGCCCGCCCCUUGGGGCCACUCCAGGGCCCGGCCCUCGGCAGGCGAGGCCGACCCCGGCGCGCCAGCCCCCUGACCCGGCCUGAGCCCCUUCCGGCGUGCCCCGCCUGGGCGCUGCUCUGCGCUCCGUGGGCCGCCAGACCCCUGAGCGGCCGCCUGGCCGACGCCGCGGCGCUUGCCCCGGAGCCGCCCCUCAGGCAGGCCCCGCACCCGGGCCUCGCGCCCCUGCUGGGUUUCCACCCUCACCUUGAUCUCUUCCUUUCCUCCCCAUUCACCUUUCAUCCAUCCCUCUUUCCUGCAGUGCUUGCUCUCCAGGCCCGAAAGAAAAGGACCAAGGCCAAGAAGGACAAAGCCCAGAAGAAAUCUGAAACUCAGCACCGAGGCUCUGCUCCCCACUCUGAGAGUGAUCUCCCAGAGCAGGAAGAGGAGAUUCUGGGAUCUGAUGAUGAUGAGCAGGAAGAUCCCAAUGAUUAUUGUAAAGGAGGUUAUCAUCUUGUGAAAAUCGGAGAUCUAUUCAAUGGGAGAUAUCAUGUGAUCCGAAAGUUGGGCUGGGGACACUUUUCAACAGUGUGGUUAUCAUGGGAUAUUCAGGGGAAGAAGUUUGUGGCAAUGAAAGUAGUUAAAAGUGCUGAACAUUAUACCGAAACAGCACUUGAUGAAAUCCGGUUGCUGAAAUCAGUUCGCAAUUCAGAUCCUAAUGAUCCAAAUAGAGAAAUGGUUGUUCAACUACUAGAUGACUUUAAAAUAUCAGGAGUUAAUGGAACACAUAUCUGCAUGGUGUUUGAAGUUUUGGGGCAUCAUCUGCUCAAGUGGAUCAUCAAGUCCAAUUAUCAAGGGCUUCCUUUGCCUUGUGUCAAAAAAAUUAUUCAGCAAGUGUUACAGGGUCUGGAUUAUUUACACACCAAGUGCCGUAUCAUCCACACUGACAUUAAACCAGAAAACAUCUUGUUGUCAGUGAAUGAACAGUACAUCCGGAGGCUGGCUGCAGAAGCAACAGAAUGGCAGCGAUCUGGAGCUCCUCCACCUUCUGGAUCUGCAGUCAGUACUGCACCCCAGCCUAAACCAGCUGACAAAAUGUCAAAGAAUAAGAAGAAGAAAUUGAAGAAGAAGCAGAAGCGCCAGGCAGAAUUACUAGAGAAGCGAAUGCAGGAAAUUGAGGAAAUGGAGAAAGAGUCGGGCCCUGGGCAAAAAAGACCAAACAAGCAAGAAGAAUCAGAGAGUCCUGUUGAAAGACCCUUGAAAGAGAACCCACCUAAUAAAAUGACCCAAGAAAAACUUGAAGAGUCAAGUGCCAUUCACCAGGAUCAGACACUUACGGAACAUGGUGUAGAGGGUGGUGCAGCAGAAAUAAAUUGCAAUGGAGUAAUUGAAGUCGUUAAUUAUACUGAGAACAAUAAUAAAGAAACAUUGAGGCUUAAAGAGGAUCUACAUAAUGCUAAUGACUGUGAUGUCCAAAAUUUGAAGCAGGAACCUAGUUUUCUAAGUUCCCCAAAUGGAGACAGCAGCACAUCUCAAGAAACAGACUCCUGUACACCUGUAACCUCUGAGGUGUCAGAUACCAUGAUGUGCCAGUCUUCAUCAAAUGUAGACCGGUCAUUCAGUGAACAGGACAUUAGCCAACUUCAAGAAAGCAUUCGAGCAGAGAUACCCUGUGAAGAUGAGCAAGAGCAAGAACAUAAUGGACCACUAGACAACAAAGGAAAAUCCACUGCUGGAAAUUUUCUUGUUAAUCCCCUUGAGCCAAAAAAUGCAGAAAAGCUCCAGGUGAAGAUUGCUGAUCUUGGAAAUGCCUGUUGGGUGCACAAACAUUUCACUGAAGAUAUUCAAACAAGGCAGUAUCGCUCCUUGGAAGUUCUGAUAGGAUCUGGCUAUAAUACCCCUGCUGACAUUUGGAGCACAGCGUGCAUGGCCUUUGAACUGGCCACAGGCGACUAUUUAUUUGAACCUCAUUCAGGGGAAGAGUACACUCGAGAUGAAGAUCACAUUGCAUUGAUCAUAGAACUUCUGGGGAAGGUGCCUCGCAAGCUCAUUGUGGCAGGAAAAUAUUCCAAGGAAUUUUUCACCAAAAAAGGUGACCUGAAACACAUCACGAAGCUGAAACCCUGGGGCCUUUUUGAGGUUCUAGUGGAGAAGUAUGAGUGGUCUCAGGAAGAGGCAGCUGGUUUCACAGAUUUCUUACUGCCCAUGUUGGAGCUGAUCCCCGAGAAGAGGGCCACUGCCGCUGAUUGUCUCCGGCACCCUUGGCUCAACUCCUAAGCCCCAGCCCAGCACCGCAGCAGAGAUCACACGCUGGCCCUCUGCCCCUCCCCUCCAAGCAUUUCCCUCUUCCCUUUUCAGGGUGAAGCUCUUCCUUCAAGGGUUUCUAGGGUGUUUUUUGUUUUUUGUUGAAUCCAACAUGUUCAUUUGGGUUUGCUUAUGUGACCCUGUGGAGAUCCCCCCACAGCCAUUGGGCAUCCUAGGUGAAUUUGGCCUUGAUUGGGCUCUGCCAAAGACUAAUGGACUAAAAUGUGAAACAGCCUCUCACCCCUGUACCCUUGUCUUUCCAUUAGGACAUCCUUUAAAUUAUAAGCAUCCUUUUAAAAAGAGCUAUGAAGAUGUAUGAGCUCAUCCUUUUAUUCACUGACUCUAAGAGUCAAAUUUUCUAGUGCAUAUCCUAUUGCCAGCAUAAGGAUGAGAAGGGGAAAGGGUAUUACUUCUGUGUACAGCAGAGACAUUAAACUUGCUGUAUCCAGGCUGCA